CUUCGAACAAUGAGAAAGAGUGUCCGAAUUCUGCUGGUCGGCGAUGCUGGCGUCGGCAAGAGCUCCCUCAUCACAUCUCUGAUCAAGGAACAGUUCGUCGAGCAGGUUCCUGCGGUGGUCGCCGAGGUCACCAUUCCACCGGAAGUCACUCCAGAGAAAGUCACCACCCAAAUCGCCGACUCGCCCUCCAACCCUGCUCAAAUCGACGUGCUGCGGGACGAAAUUCGCAAGGCGAAUGUGAUUUGCGUCGUGUACGAUGUCAACGUGCCCGAAACAUUCACACGUCUGACGACCUACUGGCUAGGGUUUAUUCAAGAAAUUGUGGGCGUGGACAAGAUUCCAAUCAUUCUCGUCGGCAACAAGAUUGACCUCCGCCGUAACGUGGGUGGCCAUACGAUCAACAGCAGCGACCCGCACCAAAACCAAAAUCCGCUGGAACGCGGAGUUGCUCCCAUCAUGCGUCAGUACAAGGAGGUUGAAACAUGCGUAGAAUGCUCUGCUAAGGCCCUUCAAAAUAUUCCCGAGGUCUUCUACUAUGCACAAAAGUCAGUGUUGCACCCGACAGCUCCACUCUACGACGCCAAGACCUCCGAGCUCAAGCCCGACUGCGUGGCUGCGCUGCGUCGCAUCUUUCACCUGUGCGACGUCGGCAAGGACAAUGCUCUCUCUGACUCGGAGCUGAAUGCAUUCCAGUUCAAGUGCUUUGGCGCACCACUACAGCAGCGCGAGCUCGACGGCGUCAAGGAGGUGGUGCGACAGCACGAUGCCAAUGACGUGACGGCAGCCGGUCUGACCGAGGCAGGCUUCCUGUUCUUGCACAAGCUGUUCAUCCAGCGCGGUCGGCUUGAAACCACGUGGAUGGUGUUGCGCAAGUUUGGCUACGACGAUUCUCUCGUCUUGCGAGACGAUUUCCUGCACCCGCCGAUUGAAGUGGAUGCCGAAUCGACGACCGAGCUCACAUCCAACGGCUAUCAGUUCUUCAUCUCGCUGUUUAAAUCAUUUGAUAAGGACCACGAUGGCGCACUAUGUCCUCAAGAACUCGAGCAGCUUUUCUCCACAUCCCCAGGAAACCCCUUCCUGUCGUACAACACAAACGGCGCUCAAACCUCGACCGGCGCCUCCGGGUCGGGUCUGUCCACCCCUGCCCACACUCUUGGAAGCCCCGCCGAGCCCUUUGAGUGCACCGUCACAACGAAGGAUGGCUGGAUUACCCUUCAAGGCUUCCUUGCUCUCUGGAGCAUGAGCACCCUUCUGGACGUGCAAAAAACGUUGGCGUAUCUGGCCUACCUCGGCUACCCUGAAGACACAAAGACUGCCAUCAAGGUUACGCGCAGCAAGCGUCUCGAUUUGAAGAAGAGGCGAACCUCCCGCAAUGUAUUUUUGGUCUACGUUUUCGGUGCUACUGGCUCUGGCAAGACUUCCCUUCUUCGCUCAUUCAGCGGCAAGGAGCUCCGCGAGCGCCACAUCCCCACCACCAAGAUCAACGUAGCGGUCAAUGCCGUCAGCGUGCAAGGCGCCGACAAGUAUUUGGUGCUCCAAGAGUUCCCUGCAAAUGGACCCGACGCCGAAACGGUUCAAAACCGCAAGCGGAUGGAAGGCUGCGCUCUGGCCGUGUUUGUUUACGACAGCACAGACCCGAACUCGUUCGCCUAUGUUGAGCGGCUGAAGACGCGUAUUGAAGACCCCACCAUUCCUUGCUUGGUUGUUGCCACAAGGUCUGAUUUGGAGGCCGUUCCGCAAUCCACCAGCAUCACGCCAGCCGAUUUUUGCACAGCCAACAACCUGCCUCCGCCGAUUGCAUUCUCUGCUGUCACUGGCCCUCGCGAGGCCUUUGUGACGAUGGCCAGUGUUGCCAUGAGCCCACAUCUUGCCACCAAGGCACCGCCUGUGCAAGGCGUGCUUUCUGGGUUUGCUCGCUUGGUCGGAUUGAGCAGCGGCACUGCCGAAGAGCCCGUCUCGCUGCCCAGUCGACUUGUUCGGCUGUCUCUAUUCUCUGGCGUGCUUGUCGGCGCUGGUUAUGGCGUGUAUCGUCUCGUGCAGACGCAACGCCUCAAUGCCCUUGGCUUUGCCGCCGCUGCUCCUCCAGCCGUUGCCACCACUACCGCUGCUGCCGUCGCAGCCAAAGCUACCCCUGCAUUACCGAAACGGUCAUAAGACUGUGGCUUUUUGACAAGCGGGCAUUGUAGCUUUUGCCAAGUCGCUUAGUCGUUGUUUCCUUUGUUUGUUGGUUGUAUUUGUUGGUUGUUUUUUCACUACCACCACGAUGUCGCUCAUUCGCGCUCAAAUUCUGCUCGUUUGGUCUGUCUCUGUGAAGGAUGUUGAGUGCUUGUUGUUGGUUUUUUUCUGGUCAAUGUCAAUUUCUUCAUCUUU